GUCUUCAGCGAUAUCGUGUCGUGGAUCGCGGCACGCGCCGAGACCGCCGAGUCCCCCAUCCCCGCGGAGGCAGCCACGCCCCGCUUCUUCCCCGAACCCACCGCUGAGAAGAAGGGCUCAAUCAUCAGCGAUCGUAAGGCUUCGUGUCCGCCCGAUUCGCUGGACGACUUCAUUCCCGGCACGGCGGCGCCGCCCUCGCCCGCCUUCACCCUCGACCGGUCGCUGUCGCUCACGGCGCCGGCCUUCGCCUCGGUGGAGGAGUACGACGGGGAGCUCCUGCUCGCCGACGACGAGAACGCCCAGCCGCUCAUCUCGCCCCGCACUCUUGACGCCUUGGCCAAGUCGACCAUCAGAGCGUAA